CUGCUUGCGUUUCAGUCGUAUUUGAAACUUGGCGACGCACGGUUUGGUUUUUCACUUUUUGUCAGUUUUAGUCUCGCGCUCUGCGGCUCGAUUUUUCACUCUGUGUAUAAUUUUUGCGCAAAUACAAACAAGCAAACAGCAAACAGUAAACAGUAAACAGCAAACAAACAACAAACAAACAAGCAGCAGCAGCCGCAACAACAACAACAACAACAAUAGCUAUAGCUUUCAUAAGUUCAUAUAAAGCUAAAAUACAUCGAGCACUCGGCCAUCGAUAUACAUAUACAUAUACAUAUAUAUAUAUUUAUAUCUAGAGUAUAGACAUAUGCGUAACAUCCAAUCUCUAUCAACCGAAUUGGCCAAGAUUUGAGCCAAAAAUAGCCCGCCGGAUAUCGAUAAACAAAUAAUAUAUAAAGCAGACAACAAUUUCUAACAGAAACCAACGCGAAUUGCGAAUUUGUGCAAAAAGUUUGAAAUAUCUGAGCAAUAUAUAUAUUUUAUAUACCAUAUACAUAGGUAUAUAUAAUGCAAUAAUCAGCUUGUGCUUGUGCCAUUAAUAAAUUACCAACUAAAUCUAUUGACACUUGAAUCAAAAAUCUGAGGAAAAUGUUUAUCAAAUGCUUAAGCAUUACAUUUUGUGUGCUGCUCGCGCAGCUGAUGGUCGAGAGCUUGGAGCAGCAACAGCAGCAGCAGCAGCCACAGGAGACGCGACUUGAUCUGCCCCUGUCGCAGUCGCUGUCCGAGUGCGCCGCCAAGCAAGGCGAAUGCGACGAGAGCGAAAUGGAGCCUGUUUGUGGCACAGACGAUCAGACCUAUCCCACACGCUGUCACCUGCUGCGGGUGCAGUGCAGCGGCCAUCAGGUUAGCCUUAAGCAUCGCGGCAAUUGCAAAGGUUGCCUGGUGGCACGUCAAUAUGCUAGGCGUGAGCGUGAACGCAAUCCGAAAAUAUUCUUUCCGCGUUGCCGCAGCGACGGCAACUAUGCAGCCGUACAGUGCCUGGGCGACACCGGCUGCUGGUGCAGCGACAGCAGCGGUAAUCCCAUUAAGAACACAUCGACGCGCCGCAGCCGACCGAAGUGCAGCGCCUUCAGGCGCAGCAAUCGUCGGCGAUCGCCUCAGCGUCAGCUCAACUCUGAUGCGGAUAGCCGUGAAGCUGGCAACGGACACCGGGCGUGCAGCAAAACGGAUCGCCAGGCAUUCAAUAGUCACUUAAUCGAAUUGCUGCGCAACGAGCACGCCAGAUCCGGCCAGACGUUGCCAGCCGGUGGCUUGAGCGAUGCGGCUAUACUGGAUUGGAAGUUUGCCCAAAUGGAUGGGAAUGCCAAUCAGUUGCUGGACAGGCAAGAAGUGCGUGAGCUCAAGAAGCUUGUCAAGCGGUUGGUUAAGCCCAGACGUUGUGGACGUGCCUUUGGCAAAUACUGUGAUGUCAACAGAGACGAUAGCCUGUCCCGUCUGGAGUGGAGCAGCUGCCUGACCAAAGAUGCCAGUCAACGUAAAAUGCUGACAAGCAGUCCAACGAUCAGCUCCAUUAUAUCGCCCACAAUACCACGUCGCACGCAUUAUAACAUACACCAUACAAAUAUCAAUCAAGAUCAUACAAACACGAAUAUAAUCGGAGGCAAUUCGCGUAUCCAUGAGCUGGGCAAUGGAAGCGAGGAGCACGACGAUGAUGACUAUACGGGCGAGGUUGAGGACUCGAGCAUGACACAAUAUUCACAUCGCAUAUCGCCAGUUAAUUCACUUGGCAUGCUUUCAAAGGGCAGUAUCGAGUCUAUUCUAAUGGGCCUUUCGUUCACAGUUCUGAUGGACAAAACAGCUGAGACAACGAACAACGACAGCGAAGUCGAUGCCAACUGCUGGACAGAUCGAGCAGUGGCACGUGAGGAGCAGCGCCAUGAUGGCAACAGAUCGUUCUACGUGCCCGAAUGCAUGCCCGAUGGUCGCUAUAAGCGGGUUCAGUGCUACAGCUCCAUCUGCUGGUGUGUCAACGAGGAGACGGGCAAGAAUAUUCCUGGCACCUUCGGUCAGACGAGGCCCCAGUGUGAUGAGGUCAGCGCCGUGCGACCCAUGAAAGGCUGCACCGAACCACGAAAAACGCAAUUUCUCAAAGAGCUCAAAGCGUUUUUCAACACUCAAAUAUUACCCAGCAGUAAUUCGGGCAACUCGACCUUGUGGAAGUCGGAGGAUGAACGCAUUGCCACGCUGAGUUUUGUUUUUCUGGACAAGAACAAAAACAAGUCGUGGGAGCGCAAAGAGUGGAAGGUCUUUCGUGAUCUGGUCACCAGAUCCAGCAAUUUAAGCAAAUGUGGCAAAAAGUUGCCACGCUACUGUGAUGCGAAUGACGAUAAGAUAAUCUCGUUGUCCGAGUGGUUGAACUGUCUGCAAUCGCAGCGAGCAGAGAGCACCACGACUGCCAAGCCGACACAGUCAAACGAGACGGCUACGUCGAGGCUCCUGGGAUCAAAUCCGUUGGAGCAAUAUCUUAAAGAUUAGUUUUUUAUAAUGAUGAACGUUGCUUGUUUUUGGGCUGCUACUCAUUAGAUGUCGUGCCAUGUUGCGAGGAAGUGCUUGAAUAUAUUCACUCACUCAUACACACACACACAAACACAAACAUAUACACACUCACACUCACCCGCACACACACUCACAUUCCUAGCAUAUAGAUUCUACGAUUCACAUAUGUAUGUAAUUAGUGUUGUAAAUAUUAAUGAAUAUAAAUGUUUAGGUUAAUUGUAAUGAAACACUGAUCACAAAAUGAUCAAACUUAAAAUAUUUGAAUAUUUUUUCAUUGGCGCGCAUACUAUUGCAGCCAACUUCACGGCGUGCCAAGCAAACGUGCGCUUACAAUCCCACCACGCUCAAAUUUGCGUCGCUUAAGGUCGGCUGCGCACGCAUUUUUCUGCUCCACUGCAGCCCGCCAAUAAGUUUAUCGAUAAGCAUUUCAGUUUAGUUAAAACCGUAAAAUCGCGUGUUUCACUUUAUUUGGUUAGCAAUAUAACACUAAAUAAUUAUAUAUUUAUAUACAUAGACUUGAAUAUCGAUAAACCUGGGUACGUUUCGUGAAUUAUAUACAUACUUAAUAGUAUACUAAAUGCAUCAAUUGUUCACAGAACAGAGCAAGAGUUGCUUACAAAAUUAGGUAGUUUUUGGUUUUCUUAAUAACAAACUUGACAAAUUGCUGUAUGGUAACUCGAAUGCCAUUGAAAAAACAAUGGACGCCAGAUUCAUUAACCUACAUACCAGCAUAAUGGGGUCGGCAUGCGUGCUGGAACUACUGAGACCGUAGAUCAGGGAUAUUAUCAAAGGAUUGAGCAAGUAAAAGGCGUAGGAUACACGAUUCAAAUGCUGAAAGCAGCGUGCUUCCAGCAGACGAGACCACCAAACGCCCCGACCCGUUGCACUGCCCACAAUCAUCCAGCAAACACUCAACGAGAAGCAAAUCCGACCCAAGGCGAACAAAACAACGGUUAUCAUGUAGCCCAAGUCCCGUUUAAAUGUCGAGUGGAUGCAGAUCACAAAAACAAGCAGGCAGAAGUGCCAUAGCCAACGUUGUUGCCCCUCACUCAAUUGAUAGCUGACACGGCGCUCUGCCAGGCAGAAGGCUACUAUGGAGCCCACAAUGUAGGGCAGCACGCGCACAAUGGGAUUUAUAUAGAUCUGUGAGCUGGUGCCAUAGACUAUGUCAAAGGAGAACUCAAAGUUGCUCUUGAUGCCAAUGCCAAAGGACCACACAAUAUUGGCCACGAGGCCACCGAGAGUCAGCAACUUAGCCGACUUGGGAUGCCUGCAAAGCAAAUGAGUUUAAUAGAGUGCAUACAAUUGAGAUCCUGAUCAACUCACUUGACAUAUAGAAACAAUAUGGCAUUUGCAAUUAAAAAGAAUUGCAUAUCACAGGCCAUGCUCCAGCUCCAAUUCAGGCAUAGAUCAUUGAAAUCAUAGAAGUUCUGUAUGAAGAGCAAAUUGCGCCACCAAUGCUGACUGCAGAUCUCAUCGAAACGUUCAUUGAUGUGAUAGACCGAGGUGUCGCCAAUGUAGGCAAAAACCAAAUCCACGCUGCCCAUGACAAUCAGAUAGAGUGGUACAAGUCUUAAAUAACGAUGGAACAGUAACUUGCAAAAGAGCUUCACAUUGGCUAUAGAACCAUUAUCACGUAUUGCCUGCAAUUGCUUUGUAUUGCGUAAAAAGUUGUACGUCUGCAAAAAACCACUGUGAAGAAGAAGAAAAAUUUAGCAAAAUAAGACAGAUUAACACAGCUUGUUAAAAUUCAAAAAUCUUUUUAGCUUCCUCAUGUGCUGAACUAGGAUAUAAGACAAAACUAGAACUUCCCAUCUAUAAUUGGUACAUUUAAUGUCAGGUUCAGAUAACUGACUACUCUCCUUUAAAACUUAUUUUAAUUAUUUUUUAAUACUGGAAUACGAGCGUUGAAGGACAGCUGGACAAUAAACUCAAUAUAUAAUA